GCUGGCGUUCCGUCAAGUUGCUACCUCACUCUCUCGUUAUUGUUAUCCCGAAGUGUUAUCCCCUCUUCAAUUUUCAUUUAUAGUUUUUGUUUUUCUCUAUUUAUUAUUUUAUUUAAUUAUAUCAAGUGCGUGUGUGUUUUAUCUGUGUUGUUUCGACUAGCAUCGUUGCAGGACGGCUGGGCGACAAUGUUAACAGAUCUUCAGUGACACUUCAAAAUGGAUAUCGAGAUUAUAUGUUUUGCGAUUUUGAUGUUCCUGGUCAAUACCCAUGGCGGUAGGUCACCACCUGAAGGACGAUGCCGCCUUACUACUGUGUUUAGGAUGUUGGGUGCUGACUGCUCAAAUAUAAAUUUAGUCAACAUUCCAACUCAGACUAAAAGUAUAGAGGUUUUAGAUGCUUCAGUAAAUCGAAUAAGAAUUCUUAAGAACAACAGUUUCACAACAUAUGCUUCCCUAAAGUUCUUGUACUUAAAUGACAAUUCUAUUACCAUAAUUGAAUCUGGGGCAUUUAUUCCUUUAGAAGAAUUAGAAGUUCUUGAUCUCAGUCUCAAUGCAAUUAGAGAUCUUCCAGCAAUGAUGCCUUCUACUCUUCGUAGAAUAUAUAUUUCAGAAAAUCCCUUGGAGUCUAUACCAUUGGGUUCUGCGGUGUCAUUGACUUAUGUAAACUUAUCUUCAUGUCGGCUUACAGAAUUACCCCAUAUCGGAGAGUUACCUAUGUUAGUAGAACUAAAUAUCUCCAGCAAUCCUCUCGUAAACCUAACUGUCAAUAAUUUAGCAUCAUUUUGUCAUCUUGAAACACUUCGUCUUCCACAAGAAUUAUUGGAAUCCAAAUACAUUUCUUCAUGUGACUGUGUUAGAGUCAAAAGAUGGACCAUUGAACAUUCAAUAUUAGUAAUUCCCAAUUUCAACUGCACAGUUUAUGAUGAAGAAACAGCAUGUAUCAGCAAUUCAACUGAUGAAGCUAGAACAUUUGCAGCCUGCCAGAUGGCUUUGCAGCAGCAUUAUGCCAGUCAUUGGACUGCCAUGGCAUGUGGAAUAGGUAUCAUUAUCAUAUGUGCUGUGGUCCUCACCAUCGUGUGGAGAAGACGUCGGCGCCCACCACCACAACCUCAUAGAAACCCAGAACAGGAAGCUGCAUUCAGGACAAGGAAACUACUUGAGGAUGCUCCAAAGUCAAAAUUUUGACAGAAUUUUUGUUCUUAUGAUGGAGUAUUAAAUGAGAAUGAAACUUUUGUUUGAAAUCCUGAAUUCUAUUCUCUAAACAGUAAAUAGAAUUCAUUGUUAACAUUUAGAAUUCAUAGCAAAGGUUUAAUGAAAUGAUCAGUACUUGUUUGCAGACAAUCAAAUACUUUUAAAUUAUCUCUUCAUUUUCUUGACUGACAAAGGUCAUUUGUAAAAUUAUUUUAUCUGUGCUAUACCGCAUACUUCCAUUUGAAGAGUACUUAAUUUUUUUAAUGAAUAUCUUAUUUUAUUACUUUUAAAACCACCAUACCUUGACAUGACCUAUUGAAUAGAUUUAAGGUAUCAAUUGUAAACCUUUUUUAUUAUUAUUAUAAUGUAAUUUGUGUUAUUAUUCUAAGGUUGUUCAUAUAAACACUGUGUGUAAUACUUGUAAAAUUGUUAUGGAUUUUUAAUUUAAAUUAAAGUUGUUACACAAAAUCAAUCAAUGUUGUGUUAAAUAAAGUUCUAUCUAUAUAUUGUAAAUUUUUAGUAUUGAUGGCUGUUUAUUGUUUCUGUAUAUUUGUAUAUUUUUAUAAAAUAGUUAUUUUUCAUUUGUUGAAAUAUAAAGUAUUAGCUAUUUAUUCAUAGGGGGGUUGUUUCUGGUUAUAAAUUAUUUUUAAAUUAAUUCUUUUUUUUUUUUUUUAUAAAAUAUUUAAAUUAUUCACGCAUAGUUAUUGUGUCGAUAGAUUUGACCUGUAGGGUAAUGUUCUACAACUUUAACGCAACAAUACUUGUCUGGUACAUUGUUGCCGGAAGUGAUUCGAAUUCACAUUUUUUAAACUCUAUUUUCAUGAUAUUAAUUUGUUGCAUCAUCAUGAUAAAAUACUAUACUUGUAGUUAAAUAAGUGUAAUUGUAGUUGUCUUAAAUGUAUAUAUUCGACCUGACAAUGUCGAAUUGUUUAUGUUUAUCAGUAAUAUGCCUCAAAAUUGUUAUUACAUCCGUACCAUGAAAUGUUACAUUCAUGUGAAUAAAAUAAUAUAUCCAAUGAGUAGUGUAACUUAGCAAUAUUACAUACAUAACCCCAUUACAUUUACUUAGCUUAAUAGUUUCUAAGUAUCAUACUGUCAAACCUGUUAUCACCAUUAUACCUUUAAUGUGACUAAUGUCAAACAAUUUAGCCUGUAAUUGAUAAAUAAAAUCUAUAAUAGAAAUUAUGUAAACAUUAUUCAGCCGUAGUCUACUUAAAAUUGUACUUCUUUGAUAUUGCAUUAGUCUAGUUUACCAAAUUAAAUAAGUACUUACAUUUAAAAAUUGUUAAUGUCUUGAAGUUUUUAACUAAAGAUAAGUAAUAUGUUCAUGCUCAAUAUUUGUUUUUUAAUUACAAAUGAAUAUGUAUCAUAAAUAUUUUUAAGUGUACUUAUUUUAACAAUACUCGACAUAGAUAUAUUUGUGAAAAAUUCAUCAAUGAAAAAUUAAAGAACAUAAAAUAAAUUAUAACUACAUUAUACUGUUAUUGGG